AGGAGAGUGCUCAUUCAAGGCUAAUCCCAUAGACCCGAGCUUCCCUGAUAUUGGAACACAGGGUUAGUCACAGUGCACAAUUUAAGCCAAACGAUCUUUGCAUUUCUUCGCGGUAGCCGUCCAACGAAACUCAAAGACGGUCGGAGUCGGAGCGAUACGGCGGGGAAAAUGAGCGGAGCAGCGAAGAAAGUGUCCGACGUUGCGUUCAAGGCCGGCAAGACCAUCGAUUGGGAAGGAAUGGCGAAGCUUCUCGUCUCCGAUGAGGCUCGCAAGGAGUUCGCCACCCUCCACCGCGCCUUCAACGAGGUCAACUCCCAGCUUCAAACCAAGUUCAGCCAGGAACCUGAACCCAUUGAUUGGGAAUAUUACCGAAAGGGUCUUGGUUCUCGCCUGGUGGACAUGUACAAGCAGGCAUAUGACAACAUUACAAUCCCCAAAUUUGAAGACAAAGUCACUGCUGAGUACAAGCCAAAGUUUGAUGCAUUGCUUGUAGAGCUGAAAGAAGCUGAGCAGAAAUCUCUCAAGGAGUCUGAAAGGCUCGAAAAAGAAAUUGCUAAUGUCCAAGAGCUGAAGAAAAACCUCAGCACUAUGACAGCAGAUGAGUACUUUGCUAAGCAUCCAGAGCUAAGGAAGAAGUUCGACGAUGAAAUUAGGAACGAUUACUGGGGUUACUAGUCAGUCAUGUGGAUCGAACUGCUUUUGGCACUUCUGGUGAACUUCUAUUCAGUUCAUCCUUUGAUUUAGAAAUAAGAGAGAACUGAUUUAUUUUUGUUUCUCUGCCUUACAGAUUCUCAAUUACCAAUUUCCCUACCAUUAAACUUGUUGUGAAGGACUCUCAAGGUUAGGGCUCUUGCCUCCUAUAAAAACACCACUUCAACCUCAUUUCACCACUUCUAGUGGUCUGAGCUUCAAAUUUGUGGGGACGCGAGAGCAACGUCUAGUUUUGUCGGUCUUUGGUCACCAAACAAAAGGUACACUUUUGACCUUUUGUCCAGAUAUCUUCAAAGGGUUGAAAGGCGUUUGGACGAAGGGUGGAAAGUGUAUAUUUAUUUGGAGGGCUGAAGACGCAGACAGAUGUAGAGAGGGCUGAAGACGCAGACAGAUGUAGAGUUCUUGUUAGGGAUGGCAACAGUUUGGGUUCGAGUCGGAUAAUAUGAUGCCCAUUUUCUAAAUAAAUACAAAUGGUCAUGAUUAACAAGAUCGGCAACCGAAGAUAGGGUUUUUUAGUUUUAAUUAUUCGGGUUUGGGUCGGGUUGAUUAAAAUCCCAAAUCCAGAACCGGCCUAGAUUAGUGUCGGGUUCGGGUUUGAUUUUUCGGGUCGGUUUCGGGUUUUGAAAUUUUUUGUUCGAAUUUGGAUAUUUUAGUAUUCGGUCGGGUUGGUUAGGGUCGGGUUCGGACGGAGCUGCUACACUUCAGCUGGAGCUUAUGUAUUUGGGCAGAGUUUCUAGCCAUCCCUAUUGGAGCUGUAGUUAUGUUUUAAUUGGAGGCCAUGGGCUUGACCUUUGAGCCCUGCGUGAAGCCCAUCUUGACCCACGCACUUGGGCUGCGCUUCAAGCGGAGGAGAAGUGACAUUUGGGCUUGUGCGUACUUGCAUACCUUUGAGGGCACAAAAACUACUCCUUCCGUCCCAAAUACAAAUUAAUAACUUAAUGAGUACAUU